AUAGAAUGGAUGACCAGAAGGAAGGUGUGUGCGCAUGUACGUGCGCGAUUGUCUGUGUGUUUUCCGGGAAGGAGAUGAAGGUGCUGACACACAUCAGAGGACGAGGAUAAGCAGUGGGAGCUCCUCAGCCGCUGUUUGUGCUUUGCAGCGAGGAGGCUCCUGUGAAGUGUCUAUCAAGAGUGUAAUAGCCACAGGCGGCACAACUGACGGCUGGAGCUACUCUUUGGACAACUUUUUUUUUUUUUUUUAAAUAAACUUUUUCUUUUUCCCGGGGAGGAAAAAAAAUGGAAGAAAUCUAUUUGUCAAUCUUUGGUCUCACCGCACCCAAAGCGCCAGCCACUUUAAUUCAAGGGUCUGGGGAGAAAUCAGCGGUGUUAGCUGUUGCGACCUUGUUGGCCCGCAACGUUGAGCACGUUGGCGGCACCCUUGUUGCACCACCAAAAUGCAGACUAACACUCAUAGUGGAGCGAUGCAUGAGCGUAAUGCAGUCGGGGACACAGAUGGUGAAGCUCAAGGCGGGAUCCAAAGGGCUAGUGAGACUCUUUUACCUGGAUGAGCAUCGCUCCUGCAUCCGCUGGAAGCCAUCACGCAAGAGCGAGAAGGCCAAGAUCACCAUCGACUCGCUGUACAAAGUGACGGAGGGCGUCCAGUCAGACAUCUUCCAUCGGCAUCCCGAGGGCAGCUUGGACCCGGCGUGCUGCUUCACCGUUUACCAUGGCAACCACAUGGAGUCGCUGGAUCUGGUUACGUCCAACUCGGAUGAAGCUCGAACCUGGGUCACGGGCCUCCGAUACCUGAUGGCCGGCAUCAGCGACGAGGACUCUUUGGCCAAACGGCAGCGGACACACGACCAGUGGAUGAAGCAAACAUUUGAGGAAGCAGAUAAAAAUGGCGACGGCUUGCUGAACAUAGAUGAGAUCUACCAACUCCUCCACAAGCUCAACGUCAAUCUCCCACGGAGGAAGGUCAAACAAAUGUUCCAGGAAGCAGACACGGAUGAUCAGCAGGGUACGCUUACGUAUGAUGAGUUUGCCGUCUUCUACAAGAUGAUGUCCAUGCGGCGGGAUCUCUUCCUGCUGAUGAUGGCCUACAGCGACAGGAAGGACCACCUGACGGCCGACGAUCUGGCCAACAUGCUGCGCUGCGAGCAAAAGAUGGUCAACAUAACUCCAGAAUAUGUGGCAGAAAUUAUUGACAAGUUUGAGGUGUCCGAUGAGAACAAACAACAUGGUGUCAUGGGGAUUGAAGGUUUUACAAGCUUCAUGCGCAGUCCAACGUGCGAUAUUUUCAACCCGCUGCACAAUGACGUGAACCAGGACAUGGAUCAACCUCUGUGCAAUUAUUUCAUCGCCUCCUCUCACAACACGUACCUGACCGGAGACCAGCUGCUGUCGCACUCCAAGACCGACAUGUAUGCCUGGGUUCUCCAGUCCGGCUGUCGCUGCGUCGAAGUGGACUGUUGGGACGGUCCAGAUGGCGAGCCAAUGGUCCAGCACGGCUACACGCUGACCUCCAAGAUCACCUUCAAGUCAGUCAUCGAGACCAUCAACAAAUACGCCUUCAUCAAUAACCAGUACCCGGUGCUUCUGUCCAUUGAGAAUCACUGCAGCAUCCAGCAGCAAAAGAAGAUUGCCCAGUAUCUGAGAGAAGUGUUUGCUGACAAGCUGGACGUCGGGCACGUGCUCAGCAGAGAGUCCAAGACGUUACCGAGCCCUCAGAGCCUGCAGGGCAAGAUUCUCAUUAAAGGCAAGAGUCUCCCUGCAUAUCUGUCUGCGGAUGCUGAGGAAGGCGAGGUGUCCGACGACGACAGUGCAGACGAGAUUGAGGACGAUUUCAAGCUCAAGAACAGCAAUGGGAAUGGUCACCAUCACCAAGUGGAGUGUCACAUCAGGAAGAAGCUGGACUCUCUCCUGAAGGAGUCUCGUAUCGGCGACAAGGAAGACACAGACAGCUUCAGCAUCAGAGCUCUGCUGAGGGCCACGCACCAAGGCCUGCAGAAGAACCUUCGCCAGAGCUCCAAAGGGGUUUUGAAGAAAUCUCAAAGCCGAUCCUUCAUCACCACAAUCAAACAGAAGAGGCACUCCAAAUCUCGGCUGACCUGCCAAAGCGGGGAGGAGGACGACGAGCAGGAAACGUCCACCCGGGAAGCCGGAGUACAGUACAGGGGAGGAAGGAAGAGGAAGACGAUGAAGCUGAGUCGGGAUCUGUCAAACUUGGUGGUUUUCACCAACUCCGUGGCCUCGCAGGAGUGUCUCAACGAAGGUUGCGGAAAAAGCGCCUGCCAGCUCAAAUAUAGUGCCGCUGCAAUUUCAAAUCUCAUUUUUGGAAACAUGCCUGGUCCGUGUUUGUCUUCAGGUACGCCGGGCGAUGUUCUGUCAUUCAGCGAGACCAGGGCCCAGUCGCUGGUCCAUCACAGAGCUGAGCACUUCCUGGCUUUCAAUCAGAGGCAGCUUUCACGGAUUUAUCCCUCGGCAUACCGCAUCGACUCGUCCAAUUUCAAUCCCCAAUUCUACUGGAAUGUCGGCUGUCAGCUGGUGGCGCUCAACUAUCAGACGGAAGGCCGAAUGAUGCAGCUCAACAGGGCCAAGUUCAUGGUGAAUGGAGGCAGCGGAUACGUCCUCAAGCCCCCGCCCAUGUGUAAAGGCACUUUCAACCCAUUUAGUGAUGACCCACUUCCAGCAUGUCCCAAGAAGCAGCUCGUUCUUAAGAUCAUUAGCGGACAGCAUUUGCCCAAACCGCCAGAUUCCAUGCUGGGGGACCGCGGAGAGAUUAUUGAUCCAUUCGUUGAAGUAGAGAUUAUCGGUCUGCCUAUCGACUGCUGCAAGGAGCAAACGCGCGUUGUUGAUGACAAUGGUUUCAAUCCGGUGUGGGAGGAGACGCUGUCCUUCACGCUGCACAUGGCCGAGGUGGCUCUUGUGCGCUUCCUGGUGUGGGAUCAUGACCCCAUCGGACGAGACUUUAUCGGUCAACGGACAGUUGCCUUCAACAGCCUCAUGCCCGGUUACAGACACGUCUACCUCGAGGGCCUGACCGAGGCGUCCAUCUUUGUGCACGUGUCAGUGCACGACGUCUACGGCAAAUGGAGUCCUCUAGUCCUGAAUCCCAGCUUUACCAUAAUGCACUUUCUAGGAUCCAGCAAGGGAAAUCAGUUUCGAGGCAUCCGCGGUUUGUUCAACCGCACUUCCAAGUCCUCUGUGGAUACGACCUCGGCAGGCAUUCGGAAACGCUCCAUCAGUGACCAUCUCCUGCGCCGCACCGCCAGCGCCCCAGCCAAGGGCCGCAAGAAAACCAAGAUGUCUCUGUCUGAAUCGGCGGCCUUCAUGUCAGAGCACAAGAACGGUGCGGGCGUCGAGACGAUCGGGGAGGGCGUCUCUGGGAAGGAGCCAGGGGGGGAAAAGAGGCUCCAGCCCCGGCCCCCCCUCACCCACAGACCCACCUCCAUGCCUUUAGACAGGCUUCUACAGGGGCAGCUAACUCUGUGCUCUGGAGACAAGGAGCAUGAAAUGGGUGCAAAUGCAGUCAUUGGAAUGUACACCUUUGACCGAGCCAGGUCUUCCUCUGUGGAUCUUCUCAUGAAAACAUCUGCUUGCAUUAAAGAAAGCGUCCAAUCCCCCUCUAAGAUGGACUUCAACUGGAAAAAAGAUUUCAAUAAGCCACAGGAGGCCUCUUAUCUGGUUGUUGGUGAUAGUAGCGUUAGAAAUGAAGAUGACUAUGUCAAUUACCAAGCAGGUAACAAUCAAGGCAGCCAGUCUAAGAUGCCCCCAGCACCUUCUACCAACAAACUGUGUAGAUCAGAUGAACCAGAAACCUUUUCAACCAGCACAGCGUUCACAGUUGCUCCUUCUGUGUCCUCAUCCUCCUCUUCCUCUGGCCCGUCCUCUGUUACCCCUUUUUCCCCUGUCAAGAUGAACCGUGACCUGAAGAGUCCUAGCUCACUACAUGACAGCACUAUUUCCAGACUCAUUGAUGCUAUGUCCUUAGGCAAUGAGCAAGAUACACGAGGCUCCAUAUCAGCUCUGAUUGGUCAAUUUGAAAGCACUGGUGACCAAAACGAGUUAAACUCCUCUCGCAAUCAUGUGCUUUCUCCUCCAGGGGAGCUUCAAGAUGUCAAGUCUACUCCAACAAUGUCGGUCAAUAAUCCAAAAGCUCCCCAAAUUGCCACUCAAAGAACAACCCUUUCACCAUGCACAAUUCACCUGCCAGACUCAACCAGCCCUGCUCUCUUCUCCAGUCCAGAAACCGCUGAUCUUGAAGAGGUCUAUACCAUUCUAGAUGAGGAAAUGCUAUCACCUCCGGUAUCGGUGUACAACCAGAAAAAUCAGUCAGUCCGUGUUCAGGCAAGUACUCUGAACAGCAUACCAUCAAGCGGUUUGGCUUCUUCUCCGGUAAAAAUGGCUCAAGGGAGCCUGCGUAAUCAGUGUUGGAAUGAGGGGAUUACCACAAAUUGCGGGAGGAAUGGAGAGCCAGAGGAGGUAGAGGAGAGUGUGUAUGAGGAAGUAUUUGAUCCACCGGCACCCACAACAGAACAACAGAGAAGUUCUACUCAAAGAUACACGCUAUCACCUCUGACGUCUUUCCAGUUGUCCCAUGACCACAUCGGCAAUGCUUUUGCAGAGGUGGAGGUGAAUGUUGAUGAGGAUCCAACGGAAGUGAGGUUGACCUCACCAAAACAAGCAUGGGAGGCCCCCAGUAGUCCAUCGCCACAGAGUGCUAUUUAUCAAAACGAGACCACCCCAGAAUACGCUCAUCAAAGACAUCCUCUGCCAUAUUGGGAGCCUCAGCACUACCCAACGUUUUCAACACCGUGUCCCUCCCCGUACAGCAAACCUUUGUAUCAGCGACCGAAUCAACAGUCCAGCGUGCAAUCUUCUCCAAUGCAUAGACUCAUAGACUCAAAACUUUCCAAACCACUACCACUAAGCCACAACGGCUACCCAACUCCUCAAAAAAAUCAUUUUCAUUAUAAUCAAGACUUUAUACAACAGAGAGGGUCCAACAACAGCCUGAUCGCAAAUGGUUUUCACCAAGGAAAGCAAGUCAGCCCGAUCUCCAAACAUUUUGACAAGAGAACACAAGGAUAUAGAGUCGUGGAGCAAGAAAGAUGCUUGCAAAAUGGGUUUUCCUCUUCAGAAGGUCUUCAUGUUCACUCUACACUGUCAGCAAAUAACUGUUGUGGUCGAGGCCUUUACUCGCCACCUAUUGAUUUUUACAAUGACGUUACAGCCUCAUCACAGUCUGCAGCCCCUUCAGUCUUGCUACCAAGCUCUCAAAGUCAAGUCCAAGUGCCCACUCCAAAGCUUUCUUGGAACCAAAAGGUACCUGUGUCCAAUGUACAGUCCGACAUCAAAGCUCCAAAGAUCUCAAUUCCACGGUCUUUAUCAACCGGUCCCCAGUCAAUGACCGUUGAUUCCAAGGUCAACACUCCGUGCAAGUCGAAGUCUCUGGGCGAUCUGACAUCUGAAGACAUACUGUGUAAUUUUCAGAGCAAAUACCACAUCAUUAGUCGCAGUUUCAUCACUCCACACAUGAGGAAGCAAAAAGGUCUGGGAACCAUGGGCGGAGGAUCUUUCCAGUCCAAAUCUCGUGAUUCCCUUACAGAACAGUUGCGUAAACUAGUCAGUUUUGAGAUUGAGGAUAAUGAAAGAGAAAUGUGUCAGUCUCCUCAAUGUGAUCAGGAAGUGCAGUCCGCAGAGACAUUGAGCGCAGAGCCAUCUCCUUCGCAGGAUAUUGACGAGUCCCUUCUACCACUCACCCGUCGCUUAUCCUCCCGUAGCCAAAGCCGAGUGCGCCACAUCAACAGCCGCGCCCGCGAAAGGCAGCAGGAGGCCCUGAAACCACGUUCAGGUGGAAUGGUCAACAACGGGGUUGUUUUAAGGAAUAAACCAGCCUCACAAAAUUCACCUGUGAACAGACACUCUACUGGCUCUUAUAUUGCAGGUUAUUUAGGCCAGCUGGAGGACAGGGGACUUCCUGAGGGAGCUUGUACAUCAUCCCGGUACGGAAAUGGGGAUCAACGUGCAGAUCACUACUGCACCAGUGACUCAUUUCCACAAUCAGACUCCUCCCACUUCUCAUCAGAGCCAGAGGUCUACUUCCUGCUUAGACUUUAGCUUUGACCUAAAACUUGGUAAAGGACAGUGUGACUCUGCACUGGUUGAUCAAGGAAUUAUAAACUUUUUUCCCCCUGCAAAUCUGAAGCUUUUCCAUGAAGCUAGACAUCGAGUACACUGAAACAGCUUACUAUUGUUUUGUUUACAUUUCAAAUCACUCUUCAAGUUUCUCACCUGCGACUGGAAAAGACAAUGCUAACCAAUGAUGGCUAAAGCUGGACCUGGACUGCCUGCUCUGUUGCUGUUCCACACAAGUCCCAUAAGGUGUCAGUAGCACAAUAACAGAAAAGGGCUCAGGGCUUGGAAAAGCCUGUGUGACAACACCAUUUCAGCCGACAAUGUUUAAAAUUUGAUCGUUGCACGACCGUUUAGUGUCUCUCAGUUGGUCCUUGUCCUCUCAUGUUUAAAGAAAAGAAAGGCCUUUAAAUCAGCCCCAUUUUAUUAGUGAGUCAAUCGAAAUUUACUUUUGCGAAGCCAUAUGCCGGAAAUGCCGAUAGGUCAAUCACAACACAGAACAGAUUUGACAUUUUGUCUGUGACACUCUGAAGGAAUCCAGUAAACCAGUUUAAUCCUUCAAUUUGAAUAGAUAUUUGCUCUUUUAUAAGAUAAAUUGGACCCUUUAUAAGAUAGUAAUGGUUAUAUGAUGUGAAAUAGCUUGCAGGCAUUUUUUGAGGCGGGGAAAGGGGGGUGUUGGCUAAUUAAUAUUGUUGACCUGUGUCUCACAGUUCUGCCAUUUGUAUUUGUCAGCUACCAUCACAAAAGAUUCAGUAAUACAUUGUAUGACUUUGGUUUUGGAAAACAUUUUUGCUCCUUAAAGGUAAUUUUGGUUAAAUGAUGUGAGAAAGGUUAAAGGGAAAAUAAGUUUUUAACCUUUGAAGUCGUAUAAAGCUAAACGGUCGACCGCAUAGUUAUUUCAAUCAUUCCAAAAUCCAACGGGUCACUCUUAUCUGCUCCAAGGUAACCAAUGUACUUUUAUUAUUGGUACAAUAGUGCUAUGAAUGUGAGGUCUCGUUAAUAUCCGUCCGUGGCUGCUAGCAGGCUAAACCAGCUAUGCUAUUGAGGCUAGCUGCAAGCUCCGAGUUGCAACGUUUCUUUAGGUCUGAAGCAUUUGAAUGAUUGUAAUAGUAAACAAAGAGAUGGCCUGCUUUUACAGGAACUCUGUUGUUCCUUCAUAUCGUUUUCCUUUCUCAUUUAUGGUUACCUUGAGUUCUAUGUGUUUUACAUCUUAGCUUCCAUAUUGAUGAUUUGCUUUGCACAAUCUCCUUGUCUACACGCGAAGGCAGACUCGAGAUAAAGCUCUGCGAUUGUCUGCAUAUUCAGUUGAAUCUGGUCAAAAAAAUAAAAGGUAAGGUCAGCAAUAUACUAGGAAUAGUCGUACAAUCACGGUAUGCUGUUGUUAGCUUAUUAACCAAAACGCUAACGUACUCCAUCUUGGUUUGCUUUGCAUGAUUUCCCUGCGUCACUUUGAUAUGGUGGACAUCACCUUCAAAGGGAGAGGUCGAUUUUCACACUGUCUGCCAAGGAUUCAAAAUGAUGCCAUACAAACAGCAUUGUUGCAGCAUGAGAUUCAUGUAUGAAAUGUUAAUGGUUUUAAAAGUUAAAAGUUGUUCUACAGUUCUGUGGACUGGCGGUGUACUCAUGUCUAAAUAAGACAGAUGUGUGAUCGUUGUCCCUGUGAUGUCAAAACUUAAAUACUGAUAAAAAAAAUAAGAUUGGAUGAUGAAGCAGAAUGUGUUUCUUUGUAUUACCGGAAUAUGUCAUGUAUAAACAAGUGAAGGUCACCACCAUGAAAGUCUCGUUUCUCGUUCACGUGAGUAUUUUCAUUGACAUGUAAAUUAUUCUGCUGUUGUCUUGGAUCUUUGGAUGGUCUUAACUGUGCACCGAUCGUAUGUUCGUGCAUGUGAACAUGUCGAGCAUGACUAUGCACCCGUUUACACAAUAGAUGUUGCAGCGCUCGACAACUCUUGGACAGAAAAUAGAGUGAAAGAUGAAGGCUCACACGGGGCUGCAAUCUAGUAUAUCAAAAUCUGUGCUUCUGGACUUGUUGGCGUCUAUGGUCUGCAGACGAAAAACCUAAUCAGAACGAAAAGGGUUUUAUUUUUUUAAAUUGCUUUGAUACAGAAUACAAGCUCUUGUCAAUUCUGGUGAUUAUUAUUUUGUACAACUCAAAACGGAAUGCAAAUAAGUGUACAGCGGUGAGGCAGAGGAAAUGAGCGUAGCAUAGUUGGAAUUAUAUUCUUUUUAUUUUCCAGUGUUAAACCACCACUUUCUUUAUAUGGGUGCUCAUCUGAAGACUGAGCAUUUUCCUACCAAUGCAAUAAAAACAAUGACGUAUUUGGUUUCCACUAA